UAAUGAAGAAGAUAUCUAGCUUUUUCAUUUUGAAAAAUUCUGCGUUGUGGAAAUGAAAUUCUGUAUUAUUUUCAUUUACUUUAGAAAAGUUUCGUUGUGAAUUCCUGAUCGGAUACUUUUAUCGUCAUUCGUGAGCAAGAACUGUGACACGAGAACGAAAGACCCAAACAAGAUUCUUGACCAUGAAGAUGAGAAACUGUCACUUGUAGUAUUGUGCACACGUUACCUUCCUGCCUGGUGUUAUUUUUUUUUUAUUUUUGAGCUGUUUUGGAGAACGUGAGAGGUUCAAGUGAAGACAAUCAUGUAGGCAGGAAUGAGUUGACGGAACAUUGAUUCUCGCUUUCAAACCGGUGAUUUCAUUUUUUUAUAUUGCUGUAUUUCUCCAUCUCACAAGUUGACACGCCCGGUGAUGUUGUCGGAUAUUUUUCUUUUUUUCCGCACAACUGUGUUUUAGACGUCGUCGACUUCAUCAUCAUUAUUAUCAUCAAUCAAUCUGCUUGCUCAAGUUCUUCACCUGGAGAACAAGUACUUCGCUUUUCUUCAGCCCAUUGGAAGCGUCGAAAAACAUUCUGCAUUUUUGACUCGACUCAUUCUAUUCUUACCAAGUAUUAUACUUACACUUUUAACGAAUUGAGUCUUACAGGCAAAUGUAACUUAAAACGUUGGUCAUUUUUGACACCGUGUUUUCUUUAUUAUCAUUGUUCCAUGCAGCAGAUACACACCCGAGUGAAAAGCUCUGUGAUAUUUAGUAUAUAACAUUUUUCUGGUAUACACACCAACGUGUGUACAAAUUGCGAGCUGUUUAUAUAAGAAUUUAUGUGUUUUCAAUCCCGUGCCGGUGAGUCCGUGAUCGCAUCGUGGACAUAUUUUUGCUACGUCUCAGUGCCAAAGUGUUCUGACAGUUUAGAUGUCAGUGUGAGUAAGUUGUUUUAAGUGUGUAUGAAUCAAGUCUUCAAAAAGGAAAAAUAUUGCGUGACAGAGAUCAAGAUUCUCAUCACCAUCCAAACCCGUCUGGAAAGAGGUUCAGCUGUUUAGUAUCCUCCUCCAAUCGACCAAAAGCUCCGUUGACGUCACAGCGGGCAGCACACAAGGUCAGAAAAUAGUUUUACAGUACCACCACCAUUCCAAGCAAGCCGCAGACAUGAUGGAAAAUAUCCUCAAGUCGUCUUCGGACCAGAUUGAUACGUCAUCGCUCUGCAGCCAAUCCGAUCGCUCCUCGCCCGUCACGGAAGCAGAGUUCGACGGGGAGACAGUCCUGUGUCGUGUCUGUGGGGACCGAGCCAGUGGCUUCCACUACGGCGUGCAUGCAUGUGAGGGAUGUAAGGGUUUCUUCCGUCGUUCCAUCCAGCAAAAGAUUCAGUACAGGCCUUGCCUUAAGAAUCAACAAUGCAACAUACAGAGAGUCAACCGAAACAGAUGUCAGUAUUGUCGUCUCAAAAAGUGCAUAUCUGUCGGCAUGUCACGAGAUGCUGUGCGCUUUGGUCGGGUGCCAAAGAAAGAAAAGGCGAGAAUCUUUGAACAGAUGCAGAAGAAAAACCUUGCAUCUCAGACAAGUGAGCUCAACAGUCUGCUGGCCAAUGACCUUGAUGUCGUUCAUGCAGUGGUGACGUCGCACAGACACACUUGUGAUAUCACGCAAUUCCGCGCUCAUCAGAUGCGGGAUCUGGCCAUGCACAACCAGGAGUAUGUCACUUGCCCGGCAAAUAUGGCAUGUCCGCUGAACAAUGAAAUUGGGAUGGACACCAAUGCCAACCGGCACGACUUGACGGACUUUUCAGAGAGCUUCACACCAGCCAUCAAGUCUGUGGUGGACUUUGCCAAGGGCAUCCCUGGUUUCAUCCUUCUCAACCAGGAUGACCAGGUCACCUUGCUCAAGGCCGGUACAUUUGAGGUGCUCUUAGUGCGUCUGGCUUGUCUGUUUGACCCGACGUCCAACACCAUGAUGUUCACGGGGGGCAAGUUGUACAAGAGACAGCCCUCCACCAUGACGACCAAUGCAGGUUUCCUGCUGGAUUCUAUGUUUGACUUUGCUGAACGCUUCAACAAGUUGUGUCUUAUUGAUGACGAAAUUGCUCUCUUCUCAGCUGUAGUUCUCAUGUCUCCAGAUCGGCCUGGCCUGCGUAAUGUCGAGCAAGUGGAGAGAAUCCAGAUCAAAUUGUCGGAGGCGCUGCAGAACAUUAUCAACAUGAACCACAAGGAGGAUGGCACGCUCUUUGCAAAACUGCUCAUGAAGACCACAGACCUGCGCACCCUGAACACACUGCACUCUGAGAAAUCCAUUGCGGGCCAGAGAUCCAAUCAUGAGAAACGCGAACGACAGAACACAGAUGACUCAGAUAUGGACUUCCAGGAGUCCCUCAGCACCAGGUCUGGCCGUUCAUCACCGACACUAUCGGAGACAUCUAACAUGACAAUGACCUCAGGCUACAGCGGUGAGACAGAAAACAGUAACCUUGUGGUGGGACAGAGGAUGCCUUUGGAGGCUUCCAGUCAUCAGCAGUUGCCUGUUCCACCGCAGGUUGUGCUUCGCACACCGUAUGGUACCUUUUUCCGUGAGGAAGUCUCAGGCUUUUAUGGCUUGAUGGCUGACCAGCCUCGGCGUAGAUGUAACACACUGGAUCGUGACACACUGACUCGGCCUAGGCUACACACCAUAGAGGAGGGCAAUCGAAGACGCUACACUCUUGAUAGGGACUAUAUCAACAAAAUGGUGAACAGAUUAAGUGAUCGCCUUGAGACCCGGAAUGCUGUCCGAGGAGACUCUGUUCCUCCUUCAAUGUCCAAUUCUGCGGCAAGCUCUCCAAUCCAGGAGGAAGGAAACAGCAUGUACAACGUCCCUCACUCGGCGGCGUUCACUCCCAUCACAGUCCCAGAGGGCGCUGUUGGCCAUGCGACAGCUUCGGUGGCUCACACCAGUUCCCUGGCUGCUCCUGAGACCGUGCUGGCAGCGGCAGCAACUGCAGCAAGAAGUGGCUCGUCUCCUACUUCGCCAAAGUCAAGGUCCCGGUCUGGCUCAUUCACUCAAGAGGACUACAUCAACAUGCGGCCGCGUUGCUACAGUUUCCACUUGAACAGCGAGGGCAGAGCGGCCAGGAUGUCCUUGCAGCACCGGAUGCUGGCUGAGAGAGGAGAUGAGCGUGACCAAAUGUCUUCAGACAGUGGACAGUUCAUGUCGCCUGAGAUGCGCCGUGGCAGCGUGGGUGCUGCCUAUGGUCUUCAUAGCCGCAAGCAGUCUCUGUUGGUUGACCGGCCGCUGUCUUACAUCAACCGGAGCGCGACAGAGAUGGACAAACGGUCUGGAAAUUUGCCAGGACAUGGACUUCCUGUCAUGAAGCACAUCAUGCCUGAUGGCUCCAUCUAUGGCAUGCAACUGACCCCUGAGAUGGCAGCCCAGCACCCAGCCCUGUGGCACCAGCAGGCUGCUUUGGCCAUGGGGAUGACCCCACCCAUGUCUAUGCCACUUUUGCAGCAGAGACCAAGAGAUGAGCAUACCCGACCCCUGGACUCAAGACCUCGGGAGAGAGAGGUGGCCAAAACUCACAACUGUGAUGCUAUGCGUGAUGGGCUACAGAGAGACAUAAGUCAUAAUCCAGGCUUUAGGAAGUAUCCUACGGGGGCUGAGGAAAGUGGAUUCAAGGCAGUGUCUGAAUCAAAAGAAGGGCUUGUGUCUAAAUCAACAUCGAGGGCAACAACAGAUACUCUGGAAGGCAGUGAGAGCAAGGAGAGGGCUGACAGAGGAAGCCUUCCUCUUAACCCUCCAACUCUUACCGUCCCCCCUAGUGGUCCCACUGAGUCACUUGACCAGCCCCUGGUCUCUGCCUCCCGACUGGCCGAUUCUCCAGUCCCUGUUGCCAUGAACACCAUGACCUCAAGCAGCCCUGUGUCUACAGAGGCACUGGCCCCAGGUCCCAGCUCGAAGACCAACUCAGAACGAGGUUCACCUGUUCAUGAUGAGUCUGCUAUGGAGAGUUUUGGGCACAAGAAGUUUGACAAGUUCCGGAAAGAAAAAGUGCCAGAAACAUCAAACAGCAGUGGAGCUGAAGAUACCGGGGUCUCUGUGAAGGAGGAGAAGAUGGAGGAGGAUGAGAUGGCUGAGGAUGGGAUGGGUGACCAUGAUGGAGGUCAGGAUUCAGAGGAUGGUGAUCUCAAAGUUGACAUCUGUGAUGUAAAAGAAGAGCAGAGGUCCCCGUUGGCUGAUAGGGCGAGUCCGACUAGUUCCAACGGCUCAGUGCCAUCACCCAGUGGAGGUGAACGGCCUAAACUGUCGGCCAAAGAGGCGCAUCCAAACCUUUUAGCACAUCUCAUGAAUGGAGGAAGUAAAAAUGGGAGCAGCGUGAAAAAACUGGCCCCCCAGUCCAUUGGUCAGUUGUCGGCUGGCACAUCUCCGUCCACUGCUGCAACUAUGGCCGCUGUGGGGCUCCCUCUGGGACUACCCUGGGCUAUCAAUGGACAAGGAGCAUCCAGUGGGUGUCCAUUCAAGUCUCAAGUGCAGCAGCAGCAGCAGCAGCAACAACAACAACAGCAGCAUCCGAUACUCAAGCAUCAUAUGUUUGGCUCACAGCCAUCAUCAGCAUCGUCAUCACCUCCCUUGCCGUCUGCCUCUGCUCGACCCAUGCACCCUCACCCCAGCGUGGGGUCACAGGGCCAGGUCAUGACCCCUGACCUUGGGGGAUCAAGUCACUCUAGUCAUCAUACAGUUUCCAGUCGUAUGGCUGCAAGCAAUAGCGAAGCAGUUGGUGCAGCUGACCAAAACUUUACAAACUCCAAAGAGGAAUUCCAUGCAGUCACCGUGUCUCACCUCAAAGACAAACUCUUGAGGAAAUUUGACAGCAUGGAGAACCUGCAUAAGAUCGCCAAAGAGUCUCCGGUUUCGGACCCAGGCUGCUGGUCUCCCCCUCAUGCUUCUGCCUCUGCAACAUCAACAGUGUUGGGCGCAUCCAACAACACCACUGAACUGAAUAAAGAGUUAGCCACCAAACUAACGCUGUCAUCGUCAGUGGCAGGAGUGACAACAAUGUCUGUUGUGUCACCUGGCAUUUCAUCCUCCAUGCCAUCAUCCUCUGCCACAUCAUCAUUGCGAUGCUCAGAAUCAACAUCGGCAUUCAGCAAAGGGCCAGUCCCUAUUGUUUCUCCCUCAUCCUCCUCUUCCGUGCUUCACAGCUCCAACCCUCCCCACUCCUCCCCCUCCUCCUCCUCCACUUCAACUGCUGGCCUACCUUCCCACUCCUUCGUGUCCCGUGGCCUCCCGCAUCCCGCCAUGUCCCACAUGCUGCUCUCACAGAGCCUUCAUACGUCGUCCCUCCCCAUGUACCAUUCCAUGCUGACCAGCCAGCAUGGAGCCCUACAAGGGGCGAUGACCUUGAACCCCAACCAAGCCCCUGGCCCCACCCCAGGCUCAGGACUGCCCCCUCUAGCCAACAUGCAGCACCUGGCUCAGAUGUUUGCUCGUGCUCAUGCUAUCACUGGAGACAAGGCCGACAGGAGGAUGGAAGUCGGAGCCCCACUUAAUUUGACAUCCCGAAUGGAGGAGGGUUCAUCAUCACCUUCUCACACUUCCCAAGCAUUGGCAUAGACAUGAGGUCGGGAGAAGCAUGAUGCUUAUAAUGGUUGUUGCAGUUGAAACAAACUCUGCUGCCAGUGAGAGAUACACAUGUCUGUCUGUGGACAGAAUAUAUGGGAAUGUGAAAAAUCUUUUUGUGGUGUUUUGGAACUGUGGGAGAACCAUGAGCAAGCAAAAUGCAUCUUGGGGUAAUAAUUGUAUAGGCUAAGGACAAGUUGAGAGGGGAAGCAUGCCUGGUUGUCCAGAUAUUUUGGAUAUAGAAAAAUGUUCUAUGUUUGACAAACAGGAGGAACAGAAGCUGAGAGAUCUGCUCAGUUGACCCCUUUGUUUAGGGACAAAAAAGAAGUGCAUCCAUUGAUAUGCCUACUACAUGAACUUGUUCUGUGGCAUCCAAAAACUUAUUUGAAUCCUAUUCCUUAUAAUUGAGGGAUGUUCAGUUUCAAGCUGUGUUUUGAAGCAGAAACACUGACUUCAUAAGUUAUACCUUUUUGAUUAAGUUUUUGGUUGAUUUGUGUGAUGGGUACUGAUUUUGACUCAUUUUGAUGAGGAGGAGUGUAUUGUGUAGAAGAAUAAUGUGAGCUGUCGUGUGUGUGUGUGUGAGAGAGAGAGAGAGAGAGAGAGAGAGAGAGAGAGAGAGACAGACUGACAGACAGACAGACAGACAGACAGACAGAGAGAGACUGAGAUAGAGAGAGAAGAGAGAGACGGAGAGAAAAUGGAGGAGGAUUCAAAGGUCAAGUGACUGACCAUUCAGCAAAUUUUUAUCAGGCCUUUAGCCUUUUUUCUGUACAUAUAUUUAUUUGUAUGUUGCAUAUACGUUAAUAAGAUCCUGCAUGAUGUAGAUGCAAAGUCUCUUUCUUGGUAUGAGAUAAAUGUUGGAACUCGGAGCACUGAUAUGUUGUGUGUGUUUGUGUGUGCGUAUGCCUUGUGGUCCUUUCCACGAGUGAGAACCCGAUGGUGGUCAGGUGCCAUGAAGCAUCAAGGCAGCGCACACCCAAAAAAUGAGGGUAUCAAUUUGUCACUAAGAAGUCCCAAACAUACAAUAAUGUCAUAGUCUGAUUUUUCCAUGGGAUAAGUUACUAGAAUAUUAGGAAUACAAUUGGAGUAAUUUGAUAAUGAUCUCAUUCAUUGUAACUGUCUUUGUUUCUGAAAAGAAUCAAAUGGUAAUUCCAUGUUGUUUCAGGAUCUGAAUACCAACAGUAUCUUGUAUGUGACUUCAUGCUCUGUAUAUUGCCGUUAGGUAGUCUUGCAACGCUUUCCACUUUCAAACUUCUUUUUUAGUUAUCCAAUAUUGAUUCAAAUGAUUUAAAUUCGGAACUCUUGUACUUUUUAUCAGUAUCUAUUGUUUUGUUGUGACUUCAAUAAAGUAUACCAAUUGGAAAUACCACAGACACGAAAGCUCAACACUUCAAGUCAACAGACACGACCUGUUUAGUUUCACUUGAAGAGAAAAAAAAGGCUUUCCUUUUCUUCCUCAAAGCCUGUUCAUCUUCAAGCAAAGCAGCUACAGAGAACGUGAAUGAAAGUAAAUUGCAUCUAUUAUCGAAACCUUUUGGAUCGACAACCGUCCGUUCAGCAAGCUAAAAAUCACUGUCCUUUUGUCACAUGAUAUAAUGUUGGAGCUUUCUUUAGCAUUCUUGUUAGUACCUACUGUUUUACAAUGCCCCUUGUUUCAUCACUUUCAACCUUCGAAAAUAAUAUAUGUGCUCCUCUGCUAAGGUCGGCAGCAAAGACAUCACGCCUGCUACAUGACUUUUCAGUCUUCAUGUUUUGCUUCUCUGUUGUGGGUUGACGACCAGAGAAUAUCUAAUCAUCGUUUCUUUUUUCCUUCUCUGCUAAGGUUGGCAGCAAAUCAAUUCAGAUCUGUGCUGUUGUUGUUUUCUGGUGAUAUUAAAGGGUGCUUUUUGUUGAGAGCACAAAGUUUUAGUCUUAUGCGUGGGACGAUUAUUGAUCUUUUCCUUUUGGGUCAAAGGGAAGAGAAAUUUGGUUCCUAUUGACUGUUAAGAAAAUUAUUUAUUUUCAAGUCUACCGUUUUUUCAUAUGUCAUUUUAAUUUUCUUGCGUAAAAUUAGGUAAUACUUUUAUAAUGUUCUACUUGAGUAGGCUUACCAGUAUAGUUCUUAUGGCAUCUUUAUUGCUGUUUUAAUCAACUGUACGACUUGCAGCUGCCCAAAUGAAGCCCCUUUCAGUGUGGGGGGGAUGACAACCUAAAAAGGGUUAUGUUAUUGAGGCAGGUACGGAUGGUUUGCUUGGAACAAAAGAAAAAAACAAUAAAGCGUUACACUAUGGCAUGAAGUAUGUGUAUUGAAAUAAAUUAUGAUUUGCUUUGUUUUAUACUGUAAUGGAUGCUAUGAAUGUUUAUGUGGAUGUUAUUAUAAAUCAAAUGUCUGCAAUGAUAAUGUAAAAGCUGUCUAAAUGAAUAUUCUUUCAGUUUGAAUAUUCCUUUUGACAUGUUUUUACAGCUUUAUUCUCAAAAAGCUGCCCCUCUUUUUGAUAUAUUGCAGAUCAUUUUUGCAUCUGUAUGUGUGCGUUUAUGUUUAGAUCAUAAAGAAAGAGAGAAGUGAGCCGAGAUACUGUGUUGUAGAUGAAAAAAGAAGUGUGUCUGGAGAGUAAUCAGUAAAUGGGGAUGUGGGAAUAUAUAAAUGAAAACAUUGCAGUGUUUGUAUAUAUAUAUGUUGUAAUGCUAAUUAACUUACAAGAGAUGAUUUGUUUCUAUGUGCACCUUUUGUUCUUGUGCAAUGGUGACAUAUGUGCACAUCGUGAUGAAGAAUGAGUGUUCGAAAUGACCUUGUAAAUUAUGAAUGUAAUAUAUUUCUCUUAACAUGCAUGUGUAUUUGUCUGUACAUGUGUGUGUGUGUGUGUGUGUGUGUGUGUGUGUAAGGGAGAGAGAGAGAGGGAGGGGGGGAAGGGAGAGAGAGAAGCAGGUUUAGUGUGAAAGAGAGAAUGAUGUACAAAUCUAUAUGAAAAAAUUGUUGAGUUAUGCACAGAAAAACAGAAUAUUUUGGUAUUUCCUGCAAGAGUUUGUUGGUGAAGAGCUGGCUGGCCUCCUGUAAUGUAUUCUUAGAGUGAAAGUGAAUCAGACAGAGAUCAAUAUGUAACAAACUGUUACAGAUGUAUGUACUUUAUGGAUGCCAUGACCAAAAGAUUAUCACUGGAAUGAACUGAUUCCACAUCA